UAGUGUUGGCAAUAAAAAAAUUCUUUUGACGAAAACAGCUUCAAAUUCAGAAUUUUUAUUUUUAUUUACAAUUUUUGCACAAUAAGCGGAAUUUGGGAGGUUUUAGAUUUUAAAGUUACAACGUUAAGAAGGGUUUUGUCUUAGAACAAAAGAUAAAUCACUGUUUUUAACGUUCUAUGAAAUAAUAUUGAUAUUUUCUCUCGAUCAAUAGCAUUUUAUUCAAGCGUUAAAACGUAAUUAUAAAUAUUUUAUCAAUCUUAAUAUAUAUAAAACAUUUCUUCGUCCGAAUUUUACGGAUGAUAUUAUUUCUUCAUUUGUGAAUAUAUUUAUCUAAUGACGAUUUCAGAUGAUGCCAAAAUGAUGGACGAAGUGGCCGGGGACGAGAUGCAAGGAGAAAUCGUCUUUCCCGGAUCGGACGAAUCGGAGAAAGAAAAUGGACCACCCAGUGGACUAGACCCUAUCCUAAAGAAUGGUCCUGAAGAUGGAUGUAUUGCUGAACCUGUAGAAGUAAGUAAAGAUGUAAGCAGCAACAACAAAGAAGUUAUCAGAAAAUCUUUGGAAGAUAAGUUGGAGAAUUCAGAAAUACAAGCUGAGAAACUUUACCCGUCAUUACAUCAUGGAACCGAUAUCCUUCUUUCCCAAACUCCUAUUCCGAAAACUUCUGUUUCUGAAUAUCCUGUUUCGGAAAUUUCUGUUUCGAAAGCUCCAGUUUUGGAAGGUCCUGUUUCGGAAGCUCCUGUUUCUACAAUCCCUAGUUCCGUAAAUAAUUCCAAAUCACAAUUGGAUUUCCGAGAUGGGAAUACAGACCUAGUAUUAGUUACCAACACAGAUGCUGAACAAGUUGAGCUAUAUCAGAAUACAAUCAAGUCUAAUGGUCAAACGAAUUUGGUUAAUUUAAUACCAGUCCAUAGAGAGACCUCGGACACAGAAUCUCAGAAUGGGUUAGACAAGGAUACAGAUUCAGAAUUGCAGAAUGAAAUUGAUAAACAGCUUCCAGACACAGAAUUAAUGAAUAAUGGGUUGUCCUUAGCGGAGCUGGAAAAGCAAAAUAGUGAACUCAUUUCUCAAGCUGAGGAUCAAAAGAAGGUGAUAGAGAUGCUAAGGGUGGAGCUCACAAGAAAAGACGAUGACCUUCUAUUCACAGAAACAGAGCUGAGGAAGACAAAAGAAAAAACGGAAAAGGAGAUGAAGAAGGUCCUGGAGGAUUCAACCAGGAAGUUCCAAGAACUCAAGAAAGCGUAUGAGCAGGCCAACCGUGAGAAGGAGAGUAUGGUGAUCAAGUACGCCAUGGGAGAGAAGGAUAUUCUUAUUGCCAAGAGGGGAAAAGAAGCCGCUGAAAAAAAAUUAAGCGACGCGUUGAAGGACAAGGAAGGUUUCCAGUACAAGAUCAAAACUCUGGGAAAUGAACGAACCCGUCUCCAGGCUCUAUGUGAUACUAGAGCUCAGGAAACGAUAGCAGCUAAGAAGGAAGGGGAAAAGUGGAAAGAAGAAGUAAAGCAAAUGGAAAGCAAGAUUUCUGCUGUAUAUUCAAAACUCAAAUUAGAAGCUGAUGCACACAGGGACACAAAAGAUAGUUUAGACCGGACCCUGAUUCAGUUAGCCGAACUUCAAGGUUCGAUUGAUAAAGUUAAAUCAGACAGCCAAGAAGUUAUUAAUAAAUACAAGCAGGACGAGAUGAAAACCAAGAGACUAGAGAAGGAGCAGGAAGUCAAGCUGAUGAUUGACUCCGUGGCUGCUCAAGAACUGGAUCAAUUAAGGAGAAAACACAAACUCUUAAUUGAGGAGAACAACGAACUCUCAGUCAAGGUGCAGGCUGCUGAGAAGGAAAGGUUAGGGUAUGAAUCUAGUAUAUCGGAGAUGAAGGUGACCCUGGAGAACCAGAAGACGGAGAUAGUCGACCUCUACGCCAAGUCUGCAGAGCUAGAGUCCGUCAAGAUACAGUUAGAUAGAGAGAUGGAGAAGUGUGCAGCUAAGGAUGGUGAAGUGACCCGGUUACGUGCUGACGCAGUGGACCUUUACGCAGAUAUGGCAGCCUGCAGGCGUAAGGAGUCCGAGUUGCUUGAAUUUACGCAGAAGUUGACGGAUAAGAAUGUGACGCUUCAAUCCGAGUUUUCUAAUACAGAACUACGGGCAAAUUUAUUAGAGGAGGAACAUUCCAGAUUGGUGAACCUAUUGGCCAAAGCUGAGACUCGGUUAUCUGAUCUUGAAUCUGAUCUGAAACUUCAAAUAUCAAAUCUAACCUCGGAGAAUUCAAGGCUUCAGGUUGAGUUGUCUGAGCGAAUAUCUGAGUCUGAGUUGGCUGUCCAGCAGGCGGUAGAUGCUAGGAACGAGGUUAAUGUUAUGCGCCGGCAGCAUACUGCUAGAAUAAGGGAACUGACCAAGGAAUUGAAUGGAGCCAAAAAACGAACUGAUCCCCAGGAUCCAGAGAGAUCCAGUUCACCAAACUUGAGUCCCAUCUCCAGAUCUAGUUCUAGUACAUCCUUACAUAAACCAGAUAUCCAGGAUAGUUCUCUGGGUUUAUUAAAACCGGUUUCUCCUAGUUUGUCAGCUAACCCUGUCUCCCCAACAAUAUCAAUGCACUCGAACAGUAGCUAUGAUGAUCGUCGAUUCGAUCAAGAUCGUCUGACAGUUCGUGAAUCUGGAGUUGGGAUGAAAAGGUGGAAUUCUGAUGUGAAUAGGAAUCAUCAGAUGGAUGGUCCUGUACCUGAUACACAAAUGCUGGUUGAGAAAAUAGUAAAACUUCAACGAUCUUGUGCUCGACGACAGGAGAAGCUUGAGUUCCUGGAGGAGCAUGUUGAGCAGCUGGUGCUUGAGGUGAGGAAGAAGAACAAGAUUAUCCAGCACUAUAUUCAUAAUAUUGAACCUGGAGCACUCGUCUCAGAACAAAGUGAUAUUCAUAAGCAAACUAUGCGAGUCCUUCUUCAAGACGAGGCUGUGAUUUCCCAGCAGGGAGGAAUUAUGUCGAGCAUUUACGGUUCUAAAGUCACAGAUUCAGGUUUAACUUUCGAGUUGUGCCUGGAGAUGAACAAGAAGUUGCAGGCUGUCCUAGAAGAUACUUUACUAAAGAAUAUCACGCUUAAGGAGAACAUGAACACUCUGGGAACUGAGAUUGCUAAAAUAUCUAUGGAGCAGCAUUCAAAAAUCAAUAAAUAGAUCUGAUUUAAAAUAGAA